CCCUCCAAUCUUUCAUCCUCAGCGAAUUACUGUUUGGCAUGUUGGUGACGCCACUAGCAAUAGGAAAGCUGCUUUCUCUUGCUGUGGGUUUAUUGAGAAGAUUAUUAAAACUUUUUCAUUGAAAAAUACUUGGCAGAGACUUCUGAAUAAGUUCCAAGGAUAUUUUUGCCCGCAUCCACCUCCAACGGAACAAGUAGCACUUGGGGGAGAAAAAAAGGAAGCAAAACCCCACCGACAGUCCUCAUGGCUGCCAAAAAGGGUCCUGAGCGAGCAUGCCUUGUGAGUGAGAGGGACACCAAGAAGUACUCCUUAGCCCUAGACAGGAUGAGCUGGCAUCAGAAGAAUUUCAAUGAGGAGAGGCAGCAGCAGGAAGAAGAAAAUGCCGAAGCUAAUCAAGCAUAUCACUGUCAUGGCUACUUACAGGCCUAUGAGGAUAGGAAAGGGGAGCAGAACCGAGCACGGAGGAAGCUCUACACAGCAUCAGUAAUUUGCAUCAUCUUCAUGGUUGCCGAGAUUACAGGGGAGUAUCUUUGUGGGCAGAUAGCUGGCAGCCUGGCGGUGGUCAGUGAUGCAGCACACAUCCUGGUGGACCUGACGAGCUUCCUGAUCAGUCUCUUCUCACUGUGGCUGGCCUCCAAGCCUCCCACCAAGCAGUUAACUUUCGGGUGGCACCGAGCAGAAAUUCUGGGAGCUCUGAUGUCUAUGAUAAUCAUUUGGAUGGUGACUGGUGUGCUGACAUAUUUGGCUAGCAUGAGGCUGCUACACCCCAAUUAUGAUAUUGAUGCUGCAGUGAUGCUCAUCACCUCUGCUUGUGCUGUGUUCGCCAAUAUCCUACUAAGCCUGAUUCUGCACCAGACUGGACACAGGCAUAGCCACGGGGCACAAGCCAGGGAAACUUCACAGGCCCCUCUAGAAAAACCAGCUCUGAGAAAUGCCAGCCUGCGGGCAGCCUUUGUGCAUGCCAUUGGGGAUUUAUUCCAGAGUAUUAGUGUGCUAAUUAGUGCACUUAUCAUCUUCUUUAAGCCAGAAUACAAAAUAGCUGAUCCAAUCUGCACAUUUGUGUUUUCCAUCUUUGUUUUGGCAACCACCGUCACCAUUUUAAGGGAUAUUUUGAUUGUGUUAAUGGAAGGAACAGAGAAAGGACUUUCUUACGAUGCAGUGAAAGCAAGAAUUUUAGCAGUUGAGAAAGUGGAAUCUGUUCACAACCUUCAUCUUUGGUCUCUGACGAUGAAUCAAACGAUUCUAUCUGCUCAUGUGGCCACAGACACAGUGGACAGUCAGAAGAUUUUGAAAGACAUCACCCAAGCCUUGUUUGAGCACUACAGCUUCCACUCCAUCACCAUUCAGAUUGAAUCAGGAGAGGAACAUAAACAAAACUGUGUCUUCUGUCAGGAGCCAAGAGAUUAAAGGAAGCAUUAUGUUAUGCAAAACAAUGACCACUCUUACAGGUCAAUGGAGACUAUAUGUGCUGGUUAUUUGUAAUUGAUUAAUAAUAAAUGGUAAUUAACUACACUAAAAAGCCCUGCCACUAAGAGCUGUGCAUGGACCAUUAUUUGUUGGUAUUAGGUCCAUCCAUCAGCUAGAUUACCUGUUCAUCAGUGGCUACCUUCAAUUAGAAAAGAUUCUAAAUUAUUCCUCACUGGAGUGACAGACUGGCACUAAAGCAACAUUAAAGAGUCCCUGUUUGUAAUCACAGGUAACAAAAACUAAUCAACCUUCAAAUUACCCACAGACUAAUUAUCAAAAAAGGUAAUGAAAUGUAAAUUUGGUAUUAGCAAAGCUCAACACUGUUACUCAGGAUAAAGGAGAAAAUUUAAGCUUGCAUGAGGGAUGAAGAGAUCUGGAAAACAAAGGCAUGCUAAUAUGUGCUUUCUUUGCCUUCCUCCUCAGGUGCGCACUAUAUUCUGCAGCAUGUAUCACAAGAGGAUUAAUUUCAUUCAAAGUUGGCAAAUAGUUCUUAAUUUCAUGGCUACUUCUAUUCAGUUUUUCAACUAGCCCUCAGCCAAACUCUUCUACCAGACACAGUCAAUAUUCUACACCAUUGAGACAACCCAUAACUCAUAUUACCCAACACAAUGACAAACUGUGAUGGAACAUGUGUAGCAGAUUUUUGGAAGUCCUUGUCACAGGGUGCUGCUGGGUUGUGACAACAAAAAAGACCAAGUGCUCCUAGAAAAUGAAAAUGUAAUUAGGACAAAAAAAGACUUAGGGGACUUUGUGAACAUUAACACAACUUGUAUUAAUAACACAACUUGUGAACUAACAUCCUUCAUAGUAAUGCCUGUGGAGCGCAACCCGCUAAUGCUACAUCCCUGAAGUCAUACCAGAUAAUUAAAAAUCCUUUGGCAUGUCAGACAGUCAUUUGCUGAUCUGGGAAGGGACAUACCUCCCUUUUGGACAGCAAAUUCCCAGAUCUCCUGACCAAGGUAUAUGUUAAAUCUUCCUCUUCAACAUGCUCCAUGGUCACUUUAGAAAUGGAAACCAGAGUUAGUCUUGCUGCAGUCCCUCUAUUUUUGUCCAACUAACUGACAAACUCUCACUUAUCAGUAAAAAUAAUGCUUACUCAUGAAAAUGCAUUCUCAAGUGUUUCUUCACAAAACAAUUUCAGUUCUGCUCUUGACCUUAAUAGUGCAGCUUCAGUUUCCAUAAAGAACUGGACUUAAUGUUUUCCCACUUCACACUUCUUGCUUCCACAGCUGUAGGGCUCACUUUAUUAACAAGUUACUUAAACAUAAAGUGUGUGAAACCAGGUGGUACUGAGAUCCUAAGCUGGCAGUUGGAAAGAAAGAGCACUGAGUUAUUAAGCAUUAAGGUAUAAACACAUCUUCCUUUUAUGGAAUUCAAGUUUUAUUUGCAAUAUGUUCACAUUAAUUUUCUGCUUUAUCAUCCUAAAAAGAUUAGAACUUAUUAUUAGGGGCUUUGGCUAUGGAUAAUUCAUAACUAUGUGAUGAGAGACCAAUACAUUAAGUUGGCAAUUGUUACCUGUUAAGGAGAAAAGCAAAUUACUCUGCUUCGUGGAAGCUUCCUGGAAGAUCUUGUUAGAUAAACCUCUCAGUGAAAGAUAAGAUAUUAAAAUACAGAAUUUCAUGACUAUCUCAUUAUUUAGUGGCUUGUAAGAACAAAGAGAACAGCUGUGGUAUUCGGUACAAUGCUAAAGACAAUUCUUGCCCUUAACAGUUGAAACUCCCAAAGAAAAGACAUAGAUAAAUCAGAUCACAGUAAAAAACUUGGAAUGAAGAAAUGAAUUUUAAUUUUGGCCAGUUUUUCUGCCGCUAUAAGUUAGCAUGUUUGCCUCCUACCAAAACCAGCACAGCUAUGCUUGAUAGGUAACAUGGACAUCCUUUUUAUUAGAAGGCGAGGACAAGUGAUAUUACGGCCUUCAUAGAAGAAUAUUUUGAGUGAGAUGAGGAUACAGACCUGGACAUAAUGGGGAAUUUGAGGGCAUAGUUGUAUUAUCAAGGACAGCAUAAAAGUAAAUGAGUUGGUGAAAGAAGCAUCCCCAUGAGAUACAGAUUCAGUUCUGAGAUUUAAGUUGAGAUAGAGGUGAAAAUAAGAAGUUUAAAAGCAAGUGUUUUACCUUAGGAAAAGUUUUAACCAUGAAAGUGACAAAGUCCACCAAGGAGGUAAAUUUGAGUAGCAGAUCUGUGGAAAAGCUGGAUGGAAGCAGCCAGAACAAGGACUGAUGAGGAUAUUGUCCAAAUGAAUUGAAAGGACAGGGAAGUCUUACAUUAAAACUUGGGGAAAAAAGUGAUGAAACAUAACGACACGAGGAAAGAAAAUGCUAACCCAAAAUAUUGAUCCUUAAUGAAAAGGUGUAGAGGAAAGCUGCAAAGGAAGGUGUAAGAAAGAAAUGAGAAGGCAGCUGUCAUCCAGGUAUAAGGUUGUUUUCAGAAUAAUAUUUGACUAUCUGAAAUUUCUGCAAAAAUGCUGCUGUGGCAGAAAGGCCAGGGCCACGGAAUUCAGAGACAAUUUCUAGGUUUUUCUGCUUUUAUUAACUUUACAUUUUUUUGAUCAUUUGCAGAAUAAUUGUAAGAAAAUUGAUUAAAAAUUGCUUUUUCUAAAUCCAUUCUUGGAGCUAUUGUGAAAAAGAGAAGUAUUUAUCAAGAAAGUAGUCUGUUUCCAUAUCUAUGUGUAUUUUGGUGGAAUUCACUUCGCAUGGACAAGUACAUGGCUUACUGGCAACACUGAAAUUUUAAGUACAUAUGCUCUCUAAAUGUUAAUGUAGCCGUUUUGCAGCUUGUAAAUUAUAUAGUUCUCUAAUCGCCAAGCAACCCUCUCCAUCUUUUCUACAACCAAAAUCUCAUGUAGAGCUCAGAGGAUAUCGAGUUUGCAGGACUUUUUUGAGUAGAAACCAUGUAUCUGACUAACACAAAGCUGGACUAUCCUUGUUCAGCACUGACAAAUGGCCUAGCUGCCAACAUUGCACUGAGAUGCUCACCAAAAGAUGAGAGAAAUACUUAUAGUGACUCAAAAUGGAAACAGGUAAUGUUUCCUGUCCUUAGCAUCACAGGAAUAGUCCCUUUCUUAAGUAUCAUCAUAGCCAAGAGUGUUUUCUUUCCUGCUUGUAAAGCUGGCAUGCUGUAUCAGGCCUUCUUCAGUGCCUCACUCAGCAAUAAUGCACAUAUACAUACUUUCCUUCUUCUCUCCUUUUUCGUCCCCUUGGAGUGUUGUUCCCUGCAUCUCUAUUUUUUUCCCAUUUGUCUUUUUUUUUUCUUUUUUUUCUGCAAGGCCUUGACUGUGUGCCUAUUCAAAUUCCAGUGCAAACAUCAUGUUUUUUUACUUAUUUUUUCUGCUUACAGCCUCUCCCAUUCUUCUUCUUCAUCCUGUGUGGUUAGAUUAAGAGCUCCUUAGAAAGAGGCUGCCUUUUGCUCCAUGUCUGCUGAUAACAUGAUAUGAAUAAUCUUUUCAUCUGACUUUAUUUUAAGCACAAUUAAAAUGGGGUUCUAAUAAAAAUCUUCCAGGUAUUGCACAUUAGUCCAUGUCAAGCACAACAAUAUAGUUAGUUUGUAUUGAAGUAACUUAUAAGUCUCAUAUCCAAAAAGUCAUCUGUACUAGCUCCAGCUUAAGGUACUCUUUCAUAAUCUCAACCCUGCUGAUAACGUUAAGCUAAGAAAAUAAAAUCCUUUCCCACCUGAGUAAACAAAAUUUAAUCAAGAAAGUAAUUAGAAACAUUGAGUUGCUUAACUGCUUCCUGAAUCAUCAUCUUCCCGAGGUCAUUCAGCAGGACUCCUCACUGCCAGGACUUUCUGUCAGACUGUAUCUAGCAAGAAUGCACUGCGUUGAAGAAUGCUUUGGAGAGCAGCCCAGUGAGAGAAAUGGCUGCAAUGGAAGUACAGGUUGGAUAUUAGGAAACUGGGGAUCUUCAAGAAAAGGAUAGAUGUGUCACUGAGUGACAUGUUCUAGAGUGGUCACAGG